AUGUUAGAUGGCGUUUAUGAUGAUGUUGAUUUAUGUUCGGGUACUGAACGUGUGUUCUGGAAGAUCGCUUGGAAGUAUUUUCAAGAUAAAAAUGUCGUAUCAGUUUUGUCGACAAAUGACAAAUCCUUGUCAUUCAGCGAAGACAUUUACAAGUGCAGUUUGGACACCAUUGUUCUUCCUGUCAAAUAUUUAAAAAAAGAAUGGAACGAGACAAUAGAAUACUACAACGAAGGAAUAUUUAAAAACCGCACAAUCGAAGGAAUGAUUUUCGCAACAGAAAUGGCAUCAUAUACAGAAAUCCGCAUAAAACUCAUCGCCGAAAUUGAUCAGACAAGUAAAUUCUUGAUGAUAUUGACAGACACUGAUCCUAAACAAGUCGAAAGCAUUUUGAAGUUGUGCUGGCACAAAUACAACAUGCUAAACGUCGCAAUUUUCUAUAAUUUCGACAAACUGUCGAAUGAGUAUAACAUUGGCAUGAAUGAGUCCUUCACGUUAUCCUUUUAUGAUCCCUUUGUCCUAAUUAACGAUGGCACAGAACGAGGACUUGUGCACGAGUUCAGAAUGGAGGACAACGACAGUUUGGUGCAAGAAAUUGUUAAAAUGAUGAAUAGACGUUUAAAAGAUGUCAAACAUUAUCCUUUAAGAAUCUGUAUGGUGGAAUCUAAUGGCACAGCAACUCCUAUUUAUCAUCCAAAUGGUACUUUUUACAGAUAUUGGGGACGAGAUGGAAGUAUGAUGCAAAAUUUAGCAAAAACCAUGAACUUUUAUCCUAUUUACCACCAUCCUGCAGACGACAAAGAUGUUGGUAAAAUUUAUAAAAAUGGUACGAUGACAGGUUGUCUUGCUGAUGUGGAAAAAGGUCAAACUGAUAUUGUGGGUAACAUGUGUCCGAUUUUGGAUUUGGGACAAAAGAAUUCUGAAUUUGUAACGCCUAUAGAAGAUAUUAAUUUUGCGUUUAUAACUCCAAAUAAUCCACCAAGAUUUGUCGUCACCUUCUUCAGCAUUUACAGCAUCAAGUUUUAUAUGUUGUGGAGUGGUGUGUAUGUCCUGGUUUUGUGCACAUGGUUAUACAUUCAAAAGCUCUUGGUUUUUCUACGAGCACCUGGUAUCCAGAGGCAGUACAGUUUCAUCGAGAUAUUCUUGUUAACAUUCGGCAACUCCAUGAAUGUUUCUCAACCUGUAAUCAAACCUGGUUAUGCGCGAUUUUUGUUCAUAACAUGGGCCUUGCUUUCGAUGAUAAACGGUUUCAUCUACGCUGCCACCAUGGUGGAGCAUCUGACCGGUGGCAGAGUCUCCAUGAAUUUGCAAAGGAUGCGCAAUUUAAAAGACAACGACAUGAAAAUUCUAGUUCACCACAGGUUUAAAGACAUCAUUAAGGACAUGGCGGAGUCUGAUGCAGCUCCUGAUUAUUACAAAGAUUUGUACAAAAGACAAAUUGUGGUAAAUACUACUGAAGAAGCUCUGGAACGUAUUGCUGAAUCAAAAGAUGCAGUUUUGUUCACAACUUUAGUUUUAGCGCAUGUUUUCAAAAUGCAUUCAGUGCACAAGGAAGAUUUGAAUGUCUUGAAUAGUGGCCCCCCUAAUAGAUACAGCUCCAAUUUGGUCCCUAAUUCAUCGCCUUAUAAACCAAGUUUCGAUGAGAUUUAUAUGAGAAUCAAGGAAUUCGGUUUGAUGCCAAAGUGGUCCAAUGAUGUUCUAGAUUAUGCGAUGCGGAAAAAUGAAGAAGAUGCAAAAGAUCAUGGUGUAUCUGAUGUCUAA